AUGCUUACGCCCAGUACAGCCCGCUCAAGCGCGUUAGGAGCUCGCCUUCGACAGUCUCGACUUGCGAAGGUGGGCGCUGGUCGGCCAUGGGAAGCUCAGUGCUGAGCAAGUGGAAUUCUCUCAGUCUACUCCUCGCUACCUCAGUACCUUCAAUUCAAUACCCUGCGUUAUCCCCUGCACAACCAACAAGGUUGCUACGGCUCAACUCCAAAGGGUAGCUGCUACCGUGCAAUGACGAGUGAGCCGGUCAAUGCUGAACGAGGUGCUUGGCGCUCGCCGAUCUACUGGCUCGUGUUUGUCCUGCCUGUUUGCGUGUUCGGCUUCAAGAUGGCCAAAUAUCGUACACCUCCUACGUCAGCAAUGCAAGGGAUGAGGGAGUAG